CCUAUGCCGCCAUACUAUUCGACCUGGCGUCUGCCUUUGCUGCGAGACUGGGGUCAUAACAUGGCGGAGAGCAUAGUAACAGACAAGAGUGGCAACACCCUGACAAUGCUGGAUGUUGACGGGGUGUGGUAUCCCGACCCACUCUGUGCGGAGACGGUGAGAAAUAUCCCAAAUGUCACUCUCCGUGAUGACGACAUAAUUCUGUACGGAUAUCCCAGGUCAGGUCACCACUGGCUGUUUGAGAUCGUCAACAUGCUGGUGUCUGGCAGUGCCGACAACGUGCCCUUCACCCUGGAGAGCGGUGUUCUGGAAGUCGUACCCGACGCAGACCUCCAAUGUCUUCCCUCCCCGAGAAUACUCACAAGCCACGUCCAGCGUCAGCUCAUGCCCAAAGACCUGAAACAUCGGAACGUGAAGACGGUGUACAUCAUUCGUGACCCCAAGGACGUGGCAGUGUCCUGGUUCUAUUACUACAGAGCCUUUCCAAACAAUACCUAUAAGGGUUCUUGGGAUGAUUGGCUGCAUCUGUUCAUGAGUGAGAAAUUUAUGUGGAGUACGUGGUUUGAUCACAUUCGCUCAUAUGAAAAAGAAUGCGAAACCAUAGAUCCACGCUUUCUGCACAUUGUAUUUUACGAAGAUCUUAAAAAGGAUCCACAUGAAGAAGUACGAAAACUGGCAACAUUCCUGGAUAAACGCGUUACGAAAGAUUUUAUUGAUCAAGUUGUUCAUAAGUCUACAUUCAGUAGAAUGAAGAGUGAAAAGGAUAAGAUAACAGACAAAUGGAAUGAAAAUCUUGCCCAAUAUAGAAAAGGUGCUGUGGGAGACUGGAAGAAUAUGUUCACGCCCGUACAGAAGGCAAAGUUUGACGAUAUCUACCGGAAGAGAAUGGAAGGUUCUAGUUUCCAACAGCGUUAUGAAAGUUCCUGACUUUGUGUAGAUGGAAUCCAGGGCGAUCCCGUACAGUACUGACAUGUACACAUUUGUUACACCGACAAAAAUAGGAUCGACAAAUCCAAUAUUUGAAGAAGAUCGAAGAUAUGUAUCAUUGCACCUUUCUGUGACCAUCCCUAAAAGAUACUCGAAAUAAUAAAAUAAAUAUGUAACUCGGCCAUCAGUCCAACAAAGUAUCAAGAUUUAAAAUCUGUUAUGUUUUAUUUCAAAUAAACCAGAAACGUACUUCACAUUAAGCAUGUGAAUACAUUUGUAAAAUGACACUGUACUCUACUGUAUGCAGUUCUUGUAUUUGGGCCUAAGAUCUUUCAUAUAAUGAACAUUUGAAUGUGAA